AUGGCUGUUCUCGAUGUAAAAUGCGAUCAAAGGAGGCCAGGAUGCAAGCGAUGUGAGGAUGCGGGCUCCUCGUGUCCGGGAUAUAAGUCUGUCAGCUCCAAACGAAGACCUACAGCUCCCGGAAGUGGCGAGUCAUGUUCUAGUUCAACUCUUCAUAUGAAUGAGGGAGAUUCCAUCGAUAUCACGACAUCAACCUUGGAUCCACUCCUAUUAUUCCCUCACUUUGGGGAUCCCAGCCCCAUGCCAUUCCCAGCAGCUUUGAGUGACUCCGGCUUCCUCGGCUUAGAGGAUGAUGCUGCAAUUUCACAGUGGCCUUUUCCAAAUUUGGAUUCUUCACAAGUUGUGACUAUACCAGAUGAUCCGGCUUUCACAGAUGAGUCGCCAAUUGACAAAACUGGCGAGUGGAAUGGCCAGCGAACGGAAAUGUCAGGCCGCGAUCGUCCCCUUGAUAUGAGCUGGUUGCGCGAUGAAAUUCAACAACCUUGUACUGAUCUGAAUACGGUAUCUUUCUCUGCGGAGCCUUACAGCACCGAAGUCCCAGGUAAUUACUUAUCGUUAACACCGCCACGGCAACUGGGUAAUCUUCCGACUGCUCUUUCUGACUUCUUCAUUCGGGAAGUCAUACCACUUUAUUGUGCAUGGGACAGCCAAACAAACCUCAUGCGUGUUGUGGCAGAAAGCGCCUGGCAAUCAUCAAAAGUCCUAUAUCACACGAUGCAAAGUAUGUCAGCCGCUUGUCUCACAAGCGUCUUUCCUGAACUAUCUACAACUGCGAUCCAAGAGCGCUUGAUAGCCCUGCAAUGCUUAGAUGAGGACGAACCAAGUAGCGCGGAGUAUGUCGAGGCGAGGCUACUUGCAACGGUUCUCCUAUGUCACACUGCAAGUUGGCAUGAUCCUGGUAAUCUGGCAAAAGAGAGAUAUCAUUUGACCCAAAGACGAGUGCUAGAAUGGAGCUCAGCAGCUGGGACACAGUCUAAGCCCAUGGUCAAGUUCUUUCAGACUGCAGUCGACUACUGGGGGACGCUUCUGUCUUUCUUCACGGACGUGUCAGGCAUACCUUAUCCUAAUCCGUUGGUUGGGCCCUCAGAGCCAAGCAACCAAUCUGUGUUGCACCCGUUUGUCGGAAUGGCGGGAGAAACAGUCAAAACUUUAACUGACGUCGGAAAUCUCGUCUCUCAAUACCGUUCUCGAGCUUCGUCUAUCAGAUUCAUUACAGAGGACGACAUGAACUUCUUCAAGAAGAAAAUACGAGAGGCUCGUUGUCUGGAGAAGCGACUCCUUGCUUAUACACCUGCCGACACGUCCAAGAUCCAAGAUACAGGAGAUCCAAGAACAACGCUAGGUCACUUAGCGAAGAUAGACGAAGCCUAUCGAUGUGUCGGCCUACUCCAGAUCUACCGCGUGUUUUCUGAUCUUUUGGCUGAGAGGUACAAUCCCUGGGACGCAAAUCACAUUUAUUCAGCCCGACCGCCUUCCAAGGCUCCAAGCAAAGCAGAGAAGGAUUACUGGUUGACCAACCUGGCACUGUAUACCCUUGAGCUUCUUCGUGACAUACCCUUUGAAUCAAGAAGUCGCUGUAUCCAACCGUUAAUUCUCGUUGCUAUCUCGAGCGAACUUCGUCGUAUGCCACAGGAUGUCACAUUACUUGCCACAGCAGACGAAGAGUCACGGCAUGAAGGGCAGAGCAUUAUUGAACUCGCCCAAGCAAGAAAAUUUGUCAAGAGUCGAUUGUCAGCAUACGCUGAUGUGCUACCUUUGAGAAAGGUCAGCAAUAUACUUGAGCUUGUGACGAGCAUAUGGAGUGCUCUUGAUGAAGGGGAGUUGGAUGUUUACUGGCUCGAUAUUUGCACUCGGAAGCAGCUGAACACACUUAUUGGGUAG